AUGGCAAAGCUUCGAUACAGCACAUCCGCACUGCUGCUCAGUGCAGUCGCAGCAGUCGCGCUGCCAAAUGGCUCACCCACUAACGCUGUGCCUGCCCAUCGAGAUGCAAUCACUACAUCGCUUCCUACUCCAACCAUUGCAUUCACAACUACCCACGAUAACUUUCAAAUGGAUCUGCGACGCCGUCAAGACAGCAGCAGCUCAGCCACAGCUUCGUCGGUCCCAGUAGCCAACUCCUUCACCAUGAAAUCCCUCAGCGCGAGCUUGCCAGGUCCGGAGAUGAACGCUUCUGCGCAAGCCAGCUCAGCACAAGCGACGGGUACUGGUAUGGCCACUGGUAUCUUCACUGCCAACGAUGGCGGGCAAUAUGGUAUCACGAGCCAGAGUGGAUACAUCGUUAUCGACUUCAAGACCCUCUCGCCGGGCCAGAGCGCGCUCAUCGGCAACGAGGAGGUCGUCGAUGGUGCAGCAGGUGUGGUGGCGAACGGGAUGACGAUUCCACUCACGCCGGUGACGACUGCUACGCCUUCUAGCAACACAACUGUGAUCUCUAGCUCCAUCACGGUGGCGAUUGUCAGUACCUCCACCUUCGAGAGCACGAGUACGAGGAGCAUGAGCGCUGUUAGUACCAUCUCCACGGAGAUCCCAGUUUCGAGCACCGUCUCGAGCGCGGCGGCGGCUGCGAGGCAGACAGCGGGCAGUGUGAUGGCGGCUGCUGGUGGGUUACUGGGGUUGAUGAUUCUGUGA